AUUGAUAAUCAUGCAAGAAUUUCGUUGUCUUUGCAACUCUCUGUAUUUGUCUCUUAAAGCUUGAUUUUUUUUUUUUCUUUUUGACUUUACAAUCCUAGCUUUCCACUCCAAUUUUUCCCUUUUUGUUUCCCAUAUUUGCUGUUGUUAGUAGUUGAUUAAAAAGCUGGAGACUUUCUAAUUUAGUUUUACUUUGCAUAAUUUCAAGUCGUUUCUUUUUCUUUUUUCUAGUUUAUGUCCUUUCUUGUAUUUUUGAUGGUGAAGUAGAUAAGCAACCAAAAUGCACGUUUUUAAGUUCAUGGUUUUGUUGCUUCUGCUGCUACGAGUCAAAGUAAGCCAUGGCAGCUUUGCUUCUCUCUCUAUCUCUCUCUUUUGAUGCACCGGAAAGAUGGCAGGCCGCAGGCUUUGCUUCUCUGCUUUCAAACAAAAUAGUCCUAUGAAAACAAAACCCGUUUGCCUUGCCCCUUUUUUUUGUCUUCUUCGAUGGGGAUCUGGGUGUGUGACCAGGGAUAUUCUACUGAUUUUUCUUAGUGCGAUUAAAUUAAAAAGGUCUUUAGUUCUGUCAGCUGCAAUCUUGUAAUCUGGUUCUUCAUAUUGGGUGUAGAAAUUUACUUGAAAAAUCAGUUUCUGGAAAACAAGUUAGAGUAGUUUGGAAAAAUUAUCUCUCAAUUGGAUAAAAUGGCUGGAGGUAGAAGAAAGAAGAGGCAUUUUAGCAGAAUCCAUGCCUUCUCAUGUGGAAAGGCAUCUUUCAAAGAAGACCAUUCAUUGAUUGGAGGGCCUGGCUUCUCAAGGGUAAUCUAUUGCAAUGACCCUGAAUGUUUUGAAGCUGGUUUGCUCAAUUAUAACAGCAACUAUGUUAGAACUACCAAGUAUACGCUUGCAACAUUUUUUCCCAAGUCAUUAUUUGAGCAAUUCAGGCGGGUCGCCAAUUUUUAUUUUCUUGUCUGUGCAAUAUUGUCUUUCACACCACUGUCUCCUUACUCAGCUGUUAGUAAUGUUGUCCCUCUUGUUGUUGUUAUUGGAGCUACAAUGGGGAAAGAGUUUAUUGAAGAUUGGAGGAGGAAAAGGCAGGAUGUUGAAGUGAACAAUCGUAAAGUAAAAAUACAUUCUGGUGAUGGUGUUUUUCAUCAUACGAAAUGGAUGGAUUUGAAAGUAGGUGACAUAGUAAAGGUGGAAAAGGAUGAGUUUUUUCCUGCUGAUCUUAUCUUACUUUCCUCAAAUUAUGAGGAAGCAGUUUGCUAUGUUGAGACCAUGAACCUUGAUGGAGAAACCAAUUUGAAAAUGAAACAAGCACUGGAUGCAACUUCAAAUCUUCAUGAGGAUUCUAGCUUUCAAGAUUUCAAGACUUUAAUAAGAUGUGAAGAUCCAAAUGCAAAUUUGUAUUCUUUCAUAGGAAAUUUGGAGCUCAAAGAGCAACAGUACCCUCUUUCACCUCAGCAACUUCUGCUUAGGGACUCAAAGUUACGAAACACAGAUUAUAUUUAUGGGGUGGUUAUUUUCACGGGUCAUGACACUAAGGUCAUGCAGAAUUCAACAGAACCCCCUUCCAAGAGAAGCAAAAUCGAGAGAAGAAUGGACAAAAUUAUCUACUUCUUGUUCUUUAUCUUGGUUUUAAUGUCUUUUAUUGGGUCAAUUUUCUUUGGAAUUGCAACGAGGGAAGAUCUUGAUAAUGGAAGGAUGAAAAGAUGGUAUCUCAGACCAGAUGACACCACUGUUUAUUAUGAUCCCAAGAGUGCACCAGCUGCUGCUGUUUUGCAUUUUUUGACUGCCCUUAUGUUAUAUAGCUAUUUGAUUCCGAUUUCCUUGUAUGUAUCAAUAGAAAUUGUCAAAGUUCUUCAGAGCAUUUUCAUCAACCAAGAUCUGCAUAUGUACUAUGAGGAAGCUGAUAAGCCAGCACGAGCACGGACAUCAAAUUUGAAUGAAGAACUUGGCCAAGUUGAUACUAUACUUUCUGAUAAAACAGGAACAUUGACUUGCAACUCAAUGGAAUUUAUCAAGUGUUCUGUGGCUGGGACCUCCUACGGUCAUGGAGUAACUGAAGUGGAGAGAGCUAUGGAUAAGAGAAAGGGAUCACCUUCACCUCAAGAAGUGAUAGAAGAGGGUCAUGUUGAGGAACAAGCUGAACAAAAACCAUCCAUAAAAGGUUUCAAUUUUUUAGAUGAAAGGAUUAGUGAUGGUCAUUGGGUUAAUGAACCUCGAGCGGAUGUAAUCCAGAAGUUCCUAAGAUUACUGGCUAUAUGUCACACUGCCAUACCUGAAAUUGAUGAAGAAAAUGGAAGGGUAACAUAUGAAGCUGAAUCACCAGAUGAAGCAGCAUUUGUAAUUGCAGCAAGAGAACUUGGAUUUGAAUUUUUUGAAAGGACACAAACUAGCAUCUCCCUGCGUGAGUUAGAUCCAGAAGCUGGCAGGAAAGUUGAAAGGAAUUAUCAACUUUUGCAUAUUAUUGAGUUUAGUAGCUCUAGAAAGCGGAUGUCAGUGAUUGUAAGAAAUGAGGAGGGAAAGCUGCUAUUACUUUGUAAAGGUGCUGACAGUGUCAUGUUUGAAAGACUUGCGAUGAAUGGAAGAGAAUUUGAAGAGCAAACCAAAGAGCAUAUUAAUGAGUAUGCUGAUGCUGGUUUAAGGACUUUGGUACUUGCAUAUCGUGAACUUAAUGAGGAAGAAUACAGUGAAUUCAAUCAGGAAUUUAACGAGGCCAAGAACUCAGUAAGUUCAGUUCGUGAGGAAAUGAUUGAGGAAGUGGCAGCCAAGAUUGAGAGGGAUUUUAUUCUUGUUGGUGCUACAGCAGUUGAAGACAAACUUCAAAAUGGGGUUCCUGAAUGUAUUGACAAGCUUGCUCAAGCUGGAAUUAAGAUAUGGAUUUUGACUGGAGAUAAGAUGGAGACAGCAAUAAACAUCGGCUUUGCUUGUAGUUUACUUAGACAAGGAAUGAAACAAGUAAUAAUCAGCUCAGAUACCCAAGAAAAUAAAGCCUUACAGAAAAUGGAGGACAAGGCUGCUGCAGCUGCGGCUUCCAAGGCAAGCAUCCUCCAUCAGAUAAGCGAGGGGAAGAAAUUGCUCACUGCAUCAAGUGCAAGUCCUGAGGCAUUGGCUUUGAUCAUUGAUGGGAAUUCACUCGGUUAUGCUCUACAGGAUGACGUCAAGGACAAGUUUCUAGAGCUUGCCAUUGGAUGUGCAUCUGUCAUUUGCUGCCGUUCAUCUCCUAAACAGAAAGCUCUUGUUACACGCCUAGUGAAAACAAAAACUGGUAAUACAACAUUAGCAAUCGGUGAUGGAGCAAACGACGUUGGAAUGCUUCAAGAAGCAGAUAUUGGUGUUGGUAUUAGUGGGGUUGAAGGAAUGCAGGCAGUCAUGUCAAGUGAUUUUGCAAUUGCACAAUUCCGAUAUUUGGAGCGCUUGCUACUCGUUCAUGGGCAUUGGUGUUACAGAAGGAUCUCAUCUAUGAUAUGCUAUUUCUUUUACAAGAACAUUGCAUUCGGCUUCACUCUCUUCUUCUACGAGGCAUAUGCAUCAUUCUCAGGCCAACCUGUAUACAAUGAUUGGUUUUUGUCUCUGUAUAAUGUCUUCUUCACAUCACUUCCUGUGAUUGCCUUGGGAGUAUUUGACCAGGAUGUAUCUGCCCGAUUUUGCCUCAAGUUCCCGCUAUUAUACCAAGAAGGCGUCCAGAAUGUCUUAUUUAGCUGGCUUCGAAUCUUUGGCUGGGUAUUUAAUGGCCUGUUGAGUGCAACCAUAAUCUUCUUCUUCUCCAUUUCCGCAAUGGAGCAUCAAGCCUUUAACGAAAGUGGGAAAGUUGUUGGCUUAGAGAUCCUCGGCGCCACCAUGUACACAUGCGUCGUAUGGGUGGUUAACUGCCAAAUGGCACUAUCCAUCAGCUACUUCACUUACAUACAGCAUCUCUUCAUUUGGGGUGGCAUUAUAUUCUGGUAUAUAUUCCUGAUGGCAUAUGGAGCAAUGGAUCCUAACAUAUCAACUACUGCCUAUAAGGUUUUCGUCGAAGCCUGCGCACCAGCUCCAUCUUAUUGGCUUAUCACACUCAUUGUAUUGAUAUCCUCGCUUCUCCCAUAUUUCGCAUACUCAGCCAUCCAGAUGAGGUUUUUCCCCUUGUAUCAUCAGAUGAUACAGUGGUUAAGAAGUGACGGACAAACAGAAGACCCCGAGUACUGUCAUACGGUACGACAGAGGUCGUUACGGCCUGUUACAGUAGGUUAUACAGCCCGGUUUUCGAAACGCGAGGGACGGUAGGCAGUGCAUUGAUGAAACAUUUUUCCAUAGAUGCUGUUCAAAAUGUGCUUGUACAUAUUGUUGAAAGGAAAGCUUCUUACUGUACAUACAUAACAGAGUAGAGUUUAGUUGUGUGGACCUUGACAAGAAAGUGUCUGCAAGAUUGGCAUUAUUGGAUGACCUGGUGUAGCUACACCUUCAAAGUAUUUGGUAUAGGGUUUUUUUUUUUCUUUUUAUCCAUUUUUUUCAUUUGAAGAGCUCCAUAACUGUAAUAUAAUGUCUGGGCAGCUGUGAUCCUAAUCAAAUUUCACAGUGAUAGUUUGUAAGUUGAAGAAAUCAAGAAAUGUACAAUAGUUAUAGUACAACUUUCUAGCUAGUUUAUAAAUUCUUGGUUACG